AUGACCAUUUCCUAUAAACUGUGGUUAUUGGCAGUGGUGUGUGUAGCGUUCUUAUACCAGGAUGGUCCGCAAGGCAACGGCGUGUUAUGCGCAAAAAACCCCCCCCCUCCAGUCGAAGAUAAUUCGUCUGGAGCUGGAUCGUCUGAUGAAGAUAAUGCUGAUCAGGAUUCCGGCAGCCAAAGUGGUGGUGAUUCCAGUGGUGGGGGUGAUUCGGAUGGUGGUGGUGUAGGAAACAACAAUGAAGAUUCCGCCGAUGAAGAUGACGAUGAUGGCGACCAUCAUAAAGGACAUUCGAAACAUGAAACUAAUAAACAAUCUGGUAAAGGCAAGAAUCUCGGCCGUCACCACGAUGACGAUGAUGACGAUGACGACGAUGGUAAAGACAACGAUGGCGGAGAAGACGGAGAAGAUGGAGACGAUGAAGAUGAUGAAGGAAGGGAAGUGCAAUUAUUUACGACGACCACCAUCACAGGAAAACCAAAGGAUAUCCUAAAAUUCCUCGACGCAGGUGUGAAGCCCUAUAAACCAGCUACUUUGAAUUUUAAUAAAAAAUCAAAUGCUAAACUUUUAAAAAAAAUUGAAAGUGUCACUACUAAAAGUGAUAAAUCAAGCAAGGGCAAAAAAAAUCCAAGUGAAGAUUUGACGAAUUACAUAAGUAACAUUAUUAAGGAGGUUUCAAAAAAAAAAAAAUCUAAACAAGCGGAUCCAGAUAAGAUAUUAAUUACUCUCGUGAAGAAUGUUUUGUUGAAGUUAUUGAAAGAUAUGUAG